AUGAAAUCCAUCAAAUCUGACCAAACAGCCAUGGUGAUGCUGAGGAAAGAGAGAGCAUCUUCUGCAGCAGGUUUCUACAUAGACAGGCCGUCUCUUGUAAUAAUGUGAUAUUAAACAUUAUUACAACUAUUAUUAUAAUUAUAUAUGAUUUAGGUAGUGUUAGUUAUCUAGUUUUUGACGUCCUGAGCUCAGCGAUGGUGGAUUUGUCCAGUGGUGCUGCAGUGUCGCCUGGACGGAGCAGACAUGGACAGGGAUCCGGUUCAAGCAAUAAUGUCAAAAAAACGUCAAAGAAGAUGCGAACAAGAAGAGGCAAAAGAGGCCGAAGAAGGAGAAAUAAAAAGAGCCGGAACAACAAAACGCCACCGCCGUUUUUACCGCCGGAGGCUGAAGAAGGGAACAUUGAAUAUAAGCUGAAGCUGGUCAACCCUACUCAGUAUCGCUUCGAGCAUCUGGCCACGCAGCUGAAGUGGCGCCUGCAGGAGGGCCGCGGCGAAGCCGUCUACCAGAUCGGAGUGGAAGACAAUGGCCUGCUGGUGGGCCUGACCGAGGCCGACAUGAAGGCAUCGCUCAAGACCUUAAAAAGGAUGGCAGAGAAGGUUGGGGCUGACAUCACUCUACUCCGAGAGAGGGAGGUGGACUACGACCUGGACAGAAACACACGAAAAAUCGCAGAGGUCCUCGUACGAAAGGUUCCUGAUGAUCAGCAGUUCCUGGACCUGCGGGUGGCGGUGCUUGGAAAUGUGGACUCAGGGAAGUCGACCCUGUUGGGCGUACUGACCCAGGGCGAGCUGGACAACGGGCGAGGCCGAGCUCGCCUUAACCUUUUCAGACAUCUGCAUGAGAUCCAGACUGGACGCACUUCCAGCAUCAGCUUUGAGAUCCUGGGCUUCAACAGCAAAGGAGAGGUGGUGAACUACAGCGAGUCUCGGACAGCCGAGGAGAUCUGCGAGAGCUCGUCCAAGAUGAUAACGUUUAUCGACCUGGCAGGACACCACAAGUACCUGAAGACCACCAUCUUCGGGCUCACCAGCUACUGUCCAGACUUCGCCAUGCUGGUGGUGAGCGCCAACACUGGUAUAGCUGGUACGACUCGGGAGCACUUAGGCCUGGCCAUGGCACUGAAAGUUCCCAUCUUCAUUGUGGUCAGUAAAGUGGACCUGUGUUCUCGUGGCACCGUGGAGCGAGCGGUGCGGCAGCUGGAGCAGGUCCUGAAGCAGCCGGGCUGCAACAAGGUGCCCAUGGUGGUGUCCAGCCCCGACGACGCUGUGACGGCGGCGCAGCAGUUCACUCAGUCCACAUGUGUCACACCCAUCUUCACCUUGUCCAGUGUGUCUGGAGAGAGUCUGGACCUCCUGAAGGUUUUUCUCAACAUCCUCCCACCUCUGAGCAACAGUAAGGAACAGGAAGAGCUGAUGCAGCAGCUCACAGAGUUCCAGGUGGACGAGAUCUAUUCAGUUCCUGAUGUUGGGACUGUGGUGGGAGGAACUCUGUACAGUGGAGUGUGUAGGGAGGGCGAGCGGCUGGUGGUGGGUCCGACGGAUGAGGGCCGUUUCCUUCGUCUGAAGGUUGGGAGCAUCCAGAGGAACCGCUCGGCCUGCAGGGUUCUGAGGGCCGGACAGGCGGCCACGCUGGCUCUGGGAAACUUUGACCGCUCGCUGCUGCGCAAGGUCAGAGUUCACCUAAAGACGUGCAUGCGGGAGGGCAUGGUGAUGGUCAGCCCCAAGAUGAACCCGACCAUCUGCUGUCAGUUUGAAGCUGCCAUCGUCCUGCUUUUUCACGCCAAGACUUUCCGGCGGGGGUCACAGGUCACCGUCCACGUGGGUAACGUCCGGCAGACGGCCAUCGUGGAGUGCCUUCAUGGAAAGGACGAGCUGCGUACCGGCGAGCGGGCCGUCGUUCGCUUCCGCUUCAUCAAACACCCCGAGUACCUGCGUCUAGGUGCCAAGCUGCUCUUCAGGGAGGGCGUCACCAAAGGCAUCGGCCACGUGGCUCGUCUGCUGCCCCUCUCCCAGUACCACGACCAGAACCAGAACCAGAAUCACGACCAGAAUCGGGAGUAUUAAAGACCGUCAGAAGCUGAGUUCUGUGAAAACGGUCGUCCACGUUUCUCUGAUCGGUUUACUCCUGCCACUCUUCAGCGUAUUAAUCCGCCUUUCUGGAUCAAUGUUUUUCUCCUCAUCCAUGCCUGCUGUGUUCAGUUCAUCAUCAUCAUCCUCUUCUUCCUCAGCAGGCAUUCGUGAAGGCUGGAUGACCUCAGUGGACUUAAAGCUGGAGACUUAAUCUGAUGUUGUGCCACAGAUUGAUUCAGGAAGCUUCUUUUUUAUGGCUGCAGCUGUCAUGAGAAGACAGCUGGAUUAUUUUGGGGGGAUUGAGGAACAAUUUUAAAGCAGCAGAGGCCGACUCGUCCUCUGACGAGGAGAGGAAGAGUAAACAGGUCGCACGCUGCAGAACUCAGACUGCGUCUGGAAAUUUGGGAAGGCAGAUUAUCUUCAGAGGGAGAGGUUUUACUUCUGGUUGGUCUGAGCUGGAUUUCUUCCUUCGUUCUGCUGCUUGUGCUGUCACACAUUCCUGAUCCUGUAACUUCUUUCUUAUUAAUACUUUACUUUACUUCUAAACAUUACUCAUGAGGUUGUUUCCCAGCAGCUUGUGUUCUCACAUCAACAGCAGCUUUACGUGGCCGCAGGAACCAGAAUUUUCACCAAGACAUUAAACGCUCCUUUCAUGUCCUGCUGUUCGUUUGAGGAUAGAUCAAUUUAUUUAACUUGUGCACACUUCUUAAACAUUUUUAAUAAAUCUAAUUAAAAUGAUUUGUAUAGCACAAUUUAAAAACAGCUGAAGUUGAGCAAAAGGCUGAACAGUUUUCAGAAAUCGAGGCAAUAAAAAAGUUCAUGAAAAUUUUUCCAGACUGGAGGGGAAGUCGCAGCACAGCAGAUGCAGGGAACUGAUGAGAGAAAUUCCUUUGUGCUCAUUUCUUUUUCAUUCACACAGACAUGAAAGUUAAUAUUAGAUGAGGGGACAUUUUAAAAUCAGGAUUUAACAGAUAAUUCUCGCUGAUACUUUAUGACAGCAGGUUAACAUGCAUGUUAACGUGUUCCACUCGUAGUUUAUUACAGAGAAAUCAAAUAUACACUACCCGUCAAAAGUUUUAGACACUCCAGUUUUUUUAUUAAAGCUGUUCAGUCCAGUACAUAUUAAAGUUUCAGAGGUUAAAAAAGGUUUACCAAAACCUAAAAAUAAUGUUUCUGGGUGAUAGAAAGGGCAUUUUCAGGGAACAAGAAGUUAAAGCUGGAGGCGAGUGAAGCCUUGAACGUGUUGCUGGUUCAUAAAUGUGUCCCAAUGUUUGCUGCUGACUUCCAGCCCUGCUGUCUGCAUUAAGCCGAGGUAAAAACGCUGUAGUAUCAUAACCUUGGUAUUUAAAUAAAACUGCAGAAAGUAGUGCAUUAAUAUAAAAAAAAUCCAGGAAAAGUCUAUUAAAGGAAGAGAGACAGUUUAUAAAUGUAUUCAAUGAUUUCUUCAUUAUUUAUUUGUGCUGUUAUUUCAAAGCACAAGACUUUGAGCUGCUUUAAAAUUACCAUUAGGGUAUGAAAAGUUCUUGAAUUUCUUAAAAAUUGAGCUUUUCUAAAACUUCUGACUAGUAGUGUUGCAGCCAUGUGGCUGCAUCAUUAAAGCUGUACAACCAGCAGGGAUUAACAUGUCAUUGAGUUGCUAAUCCAGCAUGCUAACACAGCUAGCACAGCGAGAUAUUGUCAAGCUUCCACUCAUGAAGCCGGCUAUCUCUUUAAAUGACUUCUCAUGAACUUGUUAAUCAGUUUUCACCAUCAGACUGCACACACACCCCAUCGGCAGCCCCAUCUGAUUUCUUUUUUCGGAAUCUGUGUGACGACAGUUUUUAUGCCCCAGUCUGACCACCAGCUGCCAGUUUCACCCUGUUCCUGCUUGUUUUUGCACUUUAUAAAGGUCUUCUGUCCAGACGUGAUGCAGCAGAUCCAGCAGAGGUCCAGAUUCCUUGUUGUUCCAGAUGAUAAACCCCAGCUGGAUCUAAGGUUCAGAUGAAAGCGUCACCAAGUCCAGAAGGAACAGAGGUUUUCUGUUCUUUACAUUCAGAUUGUUCGCUGUUGAUGCCUGAACAUUCAUUCAGAAUGAACUAAAGCUGAAAUCUUGUUUCUGUUAUUGUCCAUGUGGAUUUAGAGGUUUGUAGGUUUGAUGCACCAGGCAGCUUUAUGCAGCUUAAAAUAACCUGCAUGGUACUCUUAACCUCUCAUUUAUAACACGCAUAUCUAGUGAAGCGUUGAAGCAGUUCUGAACUUUUUUUUUUCUUUGUUUUGAGGUUCUGUGCAAUUAAAUGUUGAAUGUACUCUCCAUGGUUUUUGUAUGGGUAACUGUUGACUUUGCACUUUGUAUUCUGAGUCUGCAUGUGUGUGUCGGAGAGCUGUAAUCACUGACCCUGCAGCACGAAGAAGACGGCAGUAGCACCAGACCACCUCAUGCAAACGCUACAGCUGAACUCUGAGACAUUAACGUUUCCUGGCCGUCCCUCUUGCUCCUAAAUAAACAGUUACGGUGAACAACG